UUAAAAAUCUUCUACAAUUGGGAUUGCGCCACAGACAGUUAGAGUACCACAGCUGGAGAAAAUGUCGAUUUUUACUCCAACAAAUCAAAUACGGCUGACAAAUGUAGCCAUAGUAAGGCACAAGAAGGCAGGAAAGCGGUUUGAAAUUGCCUGCUAUAAAAACAAAGUUGUGUCUUGGAGAAAAGGAGCAGAAAAAGAUAUUGAUGAAGUUCUGCAAACGAAUCAAGUGUUUGCAAACGUUUCCAAAGGUCAGGUUGCAAAGAAGGAUGACCUUGUUAAAGCCUAUGGAACAGAUGAUAUUGAUAAAGUUUGUAUAGAGAUACUUAAAAAGGGAGAACUUCAAGUUUCUGAAAAGGAAAGAGGACAACAACUGGAAGCAAUGUUUCGAGAUAUUGCAACUGUAGUUUCAGAAAAAUGUGUGAAUCCAGAGACAAAAAGACCAUAUCCUGUUGGUGUCAUUGAAAGAGCCAUGAAAGAGAUACAUUACUCUGUCAAACCAACUAGAAGUACAAAACAGCAGGCUUUGGAAGUUAUAAAGCAGCUGAAGGAGUCAAUACCAAUUGCAAGGGCCCAGAUGAGGGUAAAAUUGUUUCUACCAAAAGAGUUUGGCAAAAAGGUCAGAGAAAAACUUGUGCAGAAUAUUGAUAAAAUUGAAAAUGAAGAAUGGGACAGCGGUUCCUUAGAAAUGGUAUGUUUGAUAGAUCCUGGAUCAUAUCGCAACAUAGAUGAAGUACUACAGAGUGAAACAAAAGGAAGAGGGACACUUGAGAUGCUGAGCCUGAAAGAUAUUGAGGAGGGUGAAGAGACCAUUGAAUGAUCAAUGCUUCAAUUGUCUUGGCUGUAAAAAUUUCUGGUUUUUUUUGCAUGCAAUUCAAAUCAUUUAGUUUACGCAUAUAUCAUAUAAAGUUUGUUCUGUUUUCUUUUGAACUCUGCAAGUUUGAAUUGACCUGGAAGAAUAAUUGUUCU